AGGGGAGACCGGCAUAUAGCGUCGCGACGCACGGCGUCCGACUUAGUCUCUAGUCAGCGUCAUCGUUCAAAAGUCGCCAUCCUAAACUGCGGUAAAACUCAGUCUCCGUGGCAACGUCUACAGUGUCGAAGGAAAGAAAAGAAGAAGAAAGAUGCCGGCCCGAAACAAGGAACAAGAGACUGAAGUUAUGGUCUGGAUCGAGGCUGUUUUAGGAGAAAAACUUCCACCUGGAAAUUACGAGGAUAUUCUCAAAGAUGGAGUCAUCCUGUGCAAGCUUAUCAAUAAAUUGGCGCCUGGCUCGGUGAAGAAGAUUCAGGCCAAGGGAACCAACUUCCAGCUUAUGGAAAACGUUCAAAGAUUUCAAGCAGCCAUUAAAGAAUACGGUGUCCCACAAGAAGAAAUCUUUCAGACAGCUGACCUCUUCGAAAGACGCAAUAUCCCACAAGUUACAUUAUGUCUCUAUGCCCUUGGAAGAAUUACGCAGAAGCAUCCGGAAUAUAAUGGACCGCGUCUAGGACCAAAAAUGGCUGAAGAAAAUAAGAGAAUAUUCACGGAAGACCAGCUUCGAGCCAGCGAGGGUCAGCUCAAUUUGCAGAUGGGUUACAACAAAGGAGCCAGUCAAGCUGGUCACGGUGGAUUCGGCAACACUCGACACAUGUAAACAUUCUACACACGUAAAACACGCGACAUCGACACUUUAUAUAGAUCUAAAUAAUAUAACAUACUAAAGAUCUGCUACCAAAUUGUCGAUUUCGAAGUACUCAAAGAACGCAACUAUCGACCAAUUCGAAGUAUUCUAGUCACGAGUCUAUGACGCUGAAUUCGACCAAGCUAUAAAAUUGCUUUCUCAUCGAAUGUCUACGAAAAUGUAUCCUAGAUACACUGCGAUAAUGUAGUGACCCAUUUUUCCCUAGGAUAUGAUACUGAAACGUCGUUGUACUCUUGUAUACGUAAAUGCGAAGUCCUGUCGAUAAACUAUAACUAUUAGUCGAAAGCAAACACUUAAAUACACUACACGCUACGUUAUAAUCACACAUAACGUAUUAUGUACACACGUUACAUUCACAAACAGUUUACCUACACACUAGCAUGCACACACUAGAAAACACUAAACAAUUUUGUAAAAUAAUGACACCUACACCUAUACUAUACAUGACACGACAAACAUAUACCUACCUAUAUAAAUAAAAUGUCAAAAAUACGUUUCUUAACACAUCGAAUAUCAAUCUAUCUUUUACGAGAAUUUAUUAAAGAAAACAGAGAACAUGAUACAGAAUGCCAAUAAAAGCUCAUCAAUUAUAUCAUAUCGCGUAGCACGGGAAAGAUUUAUAUAUAACAAGCAGGAGUUAUUUUAACAUGUAAAUGUAAGAUUUUAUCCGAAUCUCUACAUCGAAUAUUAUUUUAUCAAUUUGAAUGAAUAGUCUAAUACCUUUUCUAAGAUUUGUAAUUGUCCUCGCACAAUUUGCUAAUAUAAUGUACAAAUUAAUAAUGUAUAAAUAACAAAUGUACAAAAUAAACAGGCAACGCUGCUAUUUUCUAUUA